AUGGUUUCAUCUCGAACGUAAGAAGAAACUCCGACAAAGGCGAAGUGGUGAAAUCGAGAAAGCGGUCUCCUUCUCUGCCAUGGCAACCAAUGAGCAACAAAACCAGGCAGGAAGGCACCAAGAAGUUGGCCAUAAGAGUCUUUUGCAAAGUGAUGCUCUUUACCAGUACAUUUUAGAGACAAGUGUGUACCCAAGAGAGCCAGAAGCCAUGAAGGAACUUAGAGACUUGACAGCCAAACAUCCAUGGAAUAUAAUGACAACAUCAGCAGAUGAAGGGCAGUUCUUGAACAUGCUCUUGAAGCUGAUCAACGCCAAGAACACGAUGGAGAUCGGCGUAUACACCGGCUACUCCCUCCUUGCCACCGCUCUCGCCCUUCCCGACGACGGAAAGAUACUGGCGAUGGAUAUUAACAGAGAAAACUAUGAACUUGGGCUUCCGGUGAUCCAGAAGGCCGGCGUGGCCCAUAAGAUUGAAUUCAAAGAAGGCCCAGCCCUCCCCAUUCUCGACCAACUCGUCGCUGACGAGAGUAACUGUGGGACGUACGACUUCAUCUUCGUGGACGCUGAUAAGGACAACUACAUCAACUACCACAAGAGGCUGAUUGAUUUGGUCAAAGUUGGGGGAGUGAUCGGCUACGACAACACCCUAUGGAACGGCUCCGUCGUGGCAGCACCUGAUUCGCCGAUGCGUAAGUACGUACGCUACUAUAGGGACUUUGUGCUGGAGCUCAACAAGGCUCUCGCUUUGGACCCUAGGAUCGAGAUCUGUAUGCUUCCGGUUGGUGAUGGGAUCACUCUGUGCCGUCGGAUCAACUAAAACAAUCUGCUGCUCAACCCAUUCCCCAUGGCCUGAAUUUGUAAUUUUUUCUGCUUUUUGAUUUCCUCAUAAUUUCUCUUCGUCUUCUAAAUUCAAUGACGGAAAGAGCAAAAUGAGAUAUUCAUUGAAUAAACAUGAUACUUUUUUGUUUUCUUUAUUAU